UUCUUUCAGGUUUAUUGCUGGUUAUAAAUUAGUUAACGGUGUGCUACGAAAAUCCUCGAAAAACUGUUUAGUUAUUGAUAAAAAUGGCAUCUAAAGAAGAUGGAAUGGAAAUUGCCGAGGAUCAAAACAUAGAGGAUGCCAUUUUGGCUGGAGAGAGCGAUGACGACGAUGAAGACAUGGCAACUAACAAUGUUUCGAAUACCCGAGUUUACCUGCCUGGUCGUAAACUGAAUAACGACGAGGAAUUGGUAUGUGAUGAAUCGGCCUAUGUCAUGUUACAUCAAGCCCAUACCGGCGCACCUUGUUUAAGUUUUGAUAUUAUAUCUGAUCCAUUGGGAGAUGAUCGCGAAGAAUUCCCAUUAACAGCAUUUUUGGUAGCGGGAACGCAAGCGGCUAGAACUCAUGUAAACAACGUGAUUGUCAUGAAAAUGUCGAACCUGCAUCGCACUUCCAAAAAGCAGGAGGACGACGAAUCUGAUUCAGAUGAAGAAUAUAAUGACGACGAAGAUGUGGGAGAUAGACGACCCCAAAUGAGCUGCGCUCUGAUAAAACACACCGGAUGUGUCAAUCGGAUUCGAUCGACUACUUUCAACAAUAAUCGUUAUGUAGCAACGUGGAGCGAAAUGGGUCGGGUUAAUAUCUAUAAUAUAAACGAUCAGUUACAAGCGGUCGAAGACGAACAUUCGUGCAAAACAUAUGAAAAUGACAAAGUCGGAGAUGGAGUUAAACCUGACUUCACAUUUUCUGGACAUCAAAAGGAAGGAUUUGCAAUCGACUGGUGUACCACUAGUCGUGGUAUGCUUGCAACCGGUGAUUGUCGAAGGGAUAUUCAUAUUUGGCGGCCCAACGACAAGGGUUCGUGGACAGUUGACCAACGGCCAUUGAUUGGCCACACGGAAUCGGUUGAAGAUAUUCAAUGGAGUCCAAAUGAACCAAAUGUGCUUGCAACCUGCUCUGUUGAUAAGUCUAUCCGAAUUUGGGAUUGCCGCGCAGCGCCAUCAAAAGCUUGCAUGCUUACAGCGGCAAAUGCUCACGAGAGUGACGUGAAUGUCAUCAGCUGGAAUAAAAACGAACCAUUGCUCGCCAGUGGUGGAGAUGACGGUUAUUUACAUAUCUGGGAUCUACGUCAAUUUCAAUCUAAAUCAGUUGUAGCGACAUUUAAGCAUCACACCAACCAUGUCACAACCGUCGAGUGGCACCCGAAGGAAUCUACGAUUUUAGCUUCCGGUGGUGACGAUGACCAAAUUGCGCUUUGGGAUCUUUCAGUCGAGCGAGAUGACGAGGAGGAACGCAAUGAUCCCAGUCUCAAAGAUCUUCCUCCACAACUGCUAUUCAUUCAUCAAGGGCAAACGGAGAUAAAGGAACUUCACUGGCACCCACAACUUAAGGGCGUUCUGCUAUCCACGGCUCACAGUGGUUUUAACAUUUUCCGAACGAUAAGUGUAUAAAAAAGGACAAAUAAACGUUCAAAA